AUGGUCCUCACAUUGUAUAAAUACGACCUGAGCCCUCCUGUCAGGUCUGUCCUAAUGGUGAUCGAACACUUGAAGCUGCCAGUACAAUUUGUUGACGUGAACUUUAUGAAGGGAGAGCAACAUACAGAGGAGUUUAAGAAAAUCAAUCCACAACACACGGUGCCUACGUUGACAGAUGACGACUUCAUCCUUGGAGACAGUCAUGCUAUUUCGAUGUAUUUAAUAAACAAAUAUGCGAAGGAUGACUCUCUCUACCCCACGGAACCUAAACUAAGAGCCAUUGUGGACCAACGUCUGCACUUUGACAGUGGUAUCUUGUUUCCAGCAGUCAAAUAUGCUUUCGCUCAAGUUGUCUUCCAAGGGGGUAAAAAACUGACCAAUGAUGCCGUAGAAAAGAUCACAUCUGCGUACGAGUUCACAGACAAAUUUGCAACCAAAACUUGGUUGGCAGGAGAACAGUUCACAAUUGCUGAUAUCUGCUGCGUAACUGAUAUCAGUAGCUUGAACGAAAUGAUUCCUAUUGAUGCUCAGAAGUAUCCACACCUGUAUGCCUGGUUGAAACGUUGUUCAGAGUUGGAUCUUUACAAGAAAAAGAAUGUUCCCGGAAACAAUGAAUUGGGAGAAAUAUUCAGAAGCAAAUUAGCAUAA